UACUUACCAUGCUACCAUAAUGUCGAAAUUAUGCGUUAUGUCCGUCCUUGUUAUUGUUUUAUUAAUAGCACCCGUGUUUAUGACGGGGGGCAAAGUGCCAGAAGUAAUGACCACACAUGGCAGGGUAGAAGGGACCACUUUGAGGACUCUGAUUCGUGAUACUCAGUACUAUGGGUUCAUGGGAAUACCUUUCGCGAGACCACCAGUCAACGAUUUGAGAUUCUUGCCUCCACAACCUAUUAAAUCUUGGGACGGCGUUCUGAAAGCGACUAAGGAAAAACAAGCAUGUGUCCAGUAUAACACCAACAUAAAAAAGGGUCAAAGUUUGGGGGUCUACGGGUCAGAAGACUGCCUUUAUCUGGAUAUUUUCACACCCGACUUAGAUCAAAACAAACGCCCUGUAAUUGUGUUUGUCUACAACGAGAAUUUCGCAAUCUCUCACAACAAAACAAAGGAUUAUACUCCAGAUUUUUUUAUCGAAGAAAAUGUAUUGAUUGUUACUAUUAGUCACCGACUGUCCGUAUUUGGCUUUCUUUCUUUGGAGGAUGAAAGUGUGCCCGGAAACUCUGGAUUAAAAGAUAUAGUUGAAGGCUUAAAAUGGAUAAAAAAUAAUAUAGAACACUUUGGAGGAGAUCGUAACAAAAUUACCUUAAUGGGAGUGCAAGGUGGUGCGGCGGCUGUAGAUUUAUUGAUUCAUUCCAAUGCACGAGAAUUAUUUAACUCUGCAAUUUUGCAAAGUGGUUCGGCCUUAUCAACAGCGUGCCUACAAGAAGGAGCUCGGCAGCGAGCGUUCGAACUGGGUAAAAUAUUAAAAUUUAGUACAAGUAGCCCAACCAAUCUUGUGUCAUUCCUUAGAAACUUGACACCUGUAAAACUGUUAAGUAGAGACAUACAUGCAAGCCCGAAAGAUUAUUUCAAAGAAACUCAGAGAGGUAUUCAACCAUUUGGUCCCAUAGUUGAGAGGCAAUCUGAUGGCUUAAUAACUGAAUAUCCAGAAAAAUCUACGAAUGAUAUAAAUAUGCCUGUAAUGAUUGGUUUUAACUCUCGUGAAGGACUCGAAUCAUCAUUCCAAUAUCUUAUUGAGCCGAGAUAUCUUACAUAUGUUGAUAAGGACUUUCCAUUUAUGAUGCCAGUUCGUCUAAAUUUCAAACUUGAUCCUGUUCAUGAAGAUUUUUAUAAAGCGAUAGAUGAUAUAAAGAAUUUCUACUUUCGCAGCAGCAAAGUGCACGUGAAAGAUGUUGCUGAAUAUAUAUCUUACAUCGGUGAUGUUGCCAUUUCGUAUAAUGUGGAUUACACUGCUAAAAUGUAUAGUAACAAAUCUUCGAACCCGGUGUAUUAUUAUUAUUUUGAUUACUACAGUGAGUUGAAUGAAAAUAAAAAUAAUAUUAUGAAGCUUUCGACUGUAGAAGAGGGAACAUGGGGAGCUGCUUCUGGAGACGAAUUGUGUUAUUUAUUUAAAUGCCCAAGUUUGAAAGAAGCAUAUUUGAGACAUCACAAGUCUUUAUCAGAAGAAGACAAUAUACGAAUUAAGAUGGUCAGAAUGUGGGCUAAUUUUGCAAAAUAUGGUGAUCCCACGCCAGAUGACGACACAUUACUUGAGGGAUUCAAAUGGCCUCAUUAUAAAUUGGACACAAAACAAUAUUUACACAUUGACAAAACUUUAGAAAUUAAAUCAAAUUUAUACCAAGACAGAUUCGAGUUUUGGGAUCAAUUUAUAUUUAAAUGGGGAAGUAAAAGUAAAUUAAUUACAGAAUCAAAGAAUAAAAAUGAUGAACUGUGAACCAGAGUUAUAAUAAACGUAAAAUGAUCUAGUGUGUUAAAAAAAAACCUAUUUGAUAGAUUUUUUUCUUAACACAUGUGCUUAAACAUUUAUUAAUAUCAUCAAUUUAAAUUUAAGCCGUGUGGUUCCCGGCAGUGCCGUGUGGUUACCGGCACCAAUACAAAAAAGAAUAGGACCCCUCCAUCUCUUUCUUCCCAUGCAUGUCGUAAAAGGCGACUAAGGGAUAGGCCCUUAGUCGCCUUUUCCGACAUCCAUGGGAAUCCUUACAAACUUGGGAUUCCAUUUUGAAAAAAUAAAGAUUGAUACAAAAAGAUUGAUAGCCCACGUUUAACUGUUUGGCUUAAUGAUAGAAUUGAGAUUCAAAUAGAGACAGGUUGCUUGCCCAUCGCCUAAAAUAAGAAUCCCAAGUCUAUGAGCAUUUCCCUUUAGUCGCCUAUUAUGGCAUGCAUGGGAAAGCGAUGGAGUGGUCCUAUUCUUUUAUCUAUUGGUGCCGGGAUCCACACGACAUUUUGCCUUUCAACUAGCGUUAUUUUAGAAUGUAACCUUCUUAUCAGACUUUUGAAUUAAUUAUUACCAUCUCAAAAAAAAGCUAUCUACUUUUUUGGAAUGAAACAAAUUUUUUUAUUUGUAUUGUAAGUAAAAUCAAUAAAUCUUUCUAAAGUUAA